ACACAGUCUUUAAAAAUGGCCUCAAUAAGAAACCGGACGUUGGGAGUUUGCGAUUAUGAGCAGAGAAGGCCAAGGUUUCACGUCUUUGUUUAUCACGUGACCUCGCGCUCCUCCGGCGCGUUGGGUUUAGGGUUCCGCUGCUUGGCGCAUGCGCCGGUGAGCAAGGGCGGCCUUUUCUGUCUCAUCUGUUGUCUCGCUGAUUGCUCCCCUGUACCUCAAACAGCUGUUGUAAUGGCGGCCUGCCUUGGCGGCCUCCUCGGGACGAUGUUGCGGUUGCUACUAGCGGCGUUCUUUGCGUUCUUCUUCUCCGCCGGCUCGUGGGCUUCGGAGGUGACUGUCGGCGCCGGUAGCGGGGAGACUGUCGGCGCCAGCGAGCGGUUUAAGAUCGAGGGUCGUGCGGUGGUGCCGGGAGUGAAACCCCAAGACUGGAUUGCGGCGGCCCGAGUACUCGUGGACGGGGAGGAGCACGUCGGUUUCCUCAAGACAGAUGGAAGCUUUGUGGUUCAUGAUGUUCCUUCGGGAUCAUAUGUAGUUGAAGUUAUAUCUCCAGCUUAUAAAUUUGAACCAGUGAGAGUGGACAUCACUUCAAAAGGGAAAAUGAGAGCAAGAUUUGUGAAUUACAUCAAAACAUCAGAAGUUGUCAGGCUGCCAUACCCACUCCAAAUGAAAUCUUCUGGACCGCCUUCUUACUUCAUAAAGAGAGAGUCUUGGGGAUGGACAGACUUCUUAAUGAACCCCAUGGUUAUGAUGAUGAUCCUUCCACUGCUGAUCUUUGUAUUACUGCCUAAAGUUGUAAACACAAGUGAUCCUGAUAUGAGGCGGGAAAUGGAACAAUCAAUGAAUAUGCUGAAUUCUAACCACGAGCUGCCUGAUGUGUCAGAGUUCAUGACAAGACUUUUCUCUUCAAAAUCUUCCAGCAAGUCCAGUAGUGGUAGCAGUAAAACAGGGAAAAGUGGGGCAGGAAAAAGGAGGUAGUUCUUUGUUUCCCUGGAGCCAGAAUUUGCACAGCUUUAUUAGGUGGUAUCCUCUGUCUGUUCUGUGGAAGAACAAAAAGCCACUACUGUAACCUAAAUCCAAUGUGAAAUUGGAUAUGAUACAACUGUUGUGUGUGCAGUAGCUUUUUAACCUAUUUAAAUAUUUUGUUCUUUGAACAUGGGGACAUUACUUCAGUUCUGUAUCUCUGUAAGGUAAAGUCUGAUGGUGAGUUAACUCCUUUGUAGAGAAUGACAUUAAAGAAUUUAAAUUAUGUGCAAUAUAUUGAUGAUUCUUAAAACAUCACUGUAAAGCAUUUGAUUUCAAGAAACCAAGUGGACUUUAACUCCAUAGUCUAUAAAUGCACAAUAUUUUC